UAUGCUUGAGAGUUUAUUCUUCAGAGAUCUUGGAAUUUUUUCAGGGCAGCCUUAGGUUAUUUCAAGUUCACACAAACGCUAUCCGGUUCGAAGGACUAUUAUUUGUGACCAGCAAUCCGCACAUCGCAAUGAACGGAUACUAUAAAAGUGCGGAUAAUCGAGACGAGGGAGCGAGGGGCAGUUAGCCCUUUGGCGAACUCGAAGGAUGCAGCUCCCAGGCGGGAGCACGAGGAUUCCGCCAGCGAGCGCUCCAGCCGCUUUUUUCGCAACAAUCAACGGUAGCAACAUCAUUGACAAAUACAAUAAUAAGAACAAAUCCAAGAGUAGCAGAACUAGUGCAAGUAGAUAUCGUCGUGGCAGCGGCAGAAAUAAAGAGUGCUGCACAAGCCUCGACCACGUGCCAAUUCCUUUGAAAAAUCGUCGCGGUUUCGACUUGAUAUCAAUCCGUCGAUACCGAGACACGGAACAGCAUCGGCUGUUGGCAUCAACCCCACGGCGGAAGGUGUCGGUCAAGGAAUAGUGGAAAGGAAAAGAAUAAGACUGAGAAGAGGUGGAGGAGAAAAAGAGAAGAAGAGCAGGCGUCGAGAAGGACUCGAGUUUUCGUAGACAGCAGGGGCGCUAUAGGAGGAGGAAGAAGCUGCUGGGAAAAGGGUGAAGUAGAAAAAGCAGCAGCAGUAGCAGCGGUCGUCGAAGGAGAAGGCUACGGUGAAGGAGCAGGACGUGGAGAGGGAGCUCGAGAGCGACCGAGAAGUGGGGAAUUCUUGUUCGAAGGAACGAGGAGGCAGCAGCUGCCGAGGUGGUAGGGGUGCAAGUACUGUGUAGAAGCAACGACGGCAGUAGAGG